UCUGUAACCCCUGUACAUGUUCUGCCUGACUGGUCGGCCAUCUCGUGCACCCUGGUUGUCAGCACCCUCCACUAUCUCUCCCUGUAUGAGAGGGUUGGAAUAUUGUGGAUGAUACCGGUAGGGCCUAUGCAUAUAGUAAGGUGCUGCUGGAGUGCUGGUAGGACACCCCUUUGACACUGUUAAGGUGGGUUGAUUAUGAAACAUUUUUGCCUUUAAGUAGAAAACUUAAAGUUUCUCCAAGGAGUGGGAGAGGAAAAAAAUUCCCCAGACACUGUAGGAGCAUAAAUCUGUGUGGGAAAGCUUGGAACAAGCCUCCACAACCUGUUUAUAGAUUUUUCAAUCUACGGCUCCUCAGAAAUGAAAACCCAGUAACAUGACAAACCUUGACCUAAACUGCAAGUUCAUCAGUGCAGUAACAAUAUUGUAUUUGGAAAUACAAUCUUACAUUUAACCAAAUUUUGUUCUAAGCUUGCUUCUCUGCAGCUGAUCAACACUAACUGCUAGAACUGCCUUUCCCUGCAUUUGGACCUCAAACAUACUUUGAUAUUAGGUUGAAAGAUUGUAUUUUGUUGUCCCCUCAAGCUCUGCUACUUACUCCUUAAUUUGUAGCACUAGCCAAAGGGUGUAAGUGAGUAAAAAUCCAAGUAUGAAGCUUGUCUGGGGGCUUUUUCCUCCAAGUAUUAUUUUUAUAACUUUCCAAGUUCAAAUUGAUUUUCUGAUGAUCUGUUAAUUGUGUGUGUUACACAUAAUUCAGCUACUUCAAAUACAAGAUUUGAGAUCCUCUGAAGGGUCCUCCAACUAGGGCUCCCAGGAGUCUAAACCCAUCCUUCAGAAUGGAAGGACAAUUUAAGUCACCGUUUGGCAGCCUUGUCCAAAGUCCCCUGCUGGAAGAAUAGAAGAAGGGAUAUCAAUAUAUUCCCUGCUAAAUUAAUAUACCCGAUCACUUAACUUCAGCAGACAGCCUGUUGUGCACCAUACCUAUAUUUGGAAUACCUUUACCCUGCUGAAUUUAGAUACGCAAAGGUCGUGGGCUGAUGAAAGCCAUCACCAUGUUCUGUAUCCUAGCACAUGGUUAAUUCAAUACAGAAUUCCCGAGCUAGUGGUCAUUACUUCUCUUUGCAAGCUUGCAGUGCAAGCUGCUCAAAUAGUAAAGUCUGUCUUUUUUGUCGUUCAGAACAUGGUAAAUUUGACUGUUAAGUAAUUCAGUUGAAUUCUAGUAUAUAUUUUCAGGAAUGGCAUUAUCCAGACUUGCACAAUUUUUCUUAUGAUGGUACAGGGCCAGCUGUCUUUUUCUCUCCCCCCCAACCUGCCAAGUUUCACGUACUUAACUGAAGGUGAUGGGUCAUUUCACUGAAUCCUGCAAAACUGCAAAAAUUCUAUGCUCAAAUUAAAGUUAAUUAUGUGUAGGAUUUUGGGGGAUUUUUUUGUGGGUUAUUUUUUUUUUUUUGCUUUGUUUUUGUUUUUUGAAGUGGAACAGCUUCUACUGCACAAAACUAAACAUUUAACUGUCUGCAAAAACUGUGGCUCCCAUGCUAGUUUCAGCAGAUGUAUUAUUGCAAAAUAGAUGUACUGGCUUUGAAAAAAGCAUCUUGCUUUACAAUAGAGCAAAUAGUUUGUUUCUGGAUGACUCUCCAUGUUUUCUGAAAUCUAGUGUGGUACAUGAUAUUUUCAUAUCCAUUUGAAGGUAUUAUAAGCAAUCUAUUUUUUGUUAGAGCAAAUACUAAUAUUUGUGUUAUUAGCUGGCACGGUCAUCACUGUAUGUGGGAAAACUAACCAGCCUUUAAGGGAAAAAACAAACAAACAAAACAAAACAUUGCAUAACUUGUGUAUGUAUAUGUGUUAAAAAUUAACUCUUAUUAUAGUUCUGCAGUGUUUAAAGGGCUAGCUGGUAGUCAGCUUAGACUGUGCAUUUUUAAUAUAACUGAACAAUGGAAAAGCUGCUUAGAUAAGCCAGAAUUUUACUUCUGUCUUGGCAUUUAAGCUCUCUUUUGGUUUUUUUUGGCUGGUGCUCGUGUUUCACAGAGCGGGGAGGGGGAUGGUGGGACACACAGGGAGAAAAUUAAGCCGGUGAAGUCACCCUGCAAAACCUGCAACUGAGCUGAUCUCAGAACUGGCAAAUUGCUUUUCCCUGGUUUGUUGAUGUAAUGUAUAAAAUUGCUUUUUUGCUUUUAACUGCCUUUACUUUCUGAGCUAGGGGCUGUCUUCAUUAACAGCAAAAGUGUUACUUUGUUGUAGAUGACAGAUAAGCCUCAUCACGGGAGAGUUACCUAGUAAGUAUAGCCCAGGUGAACACUUCUGUUUCUCUCAGUCUUAAUUUAUUCCCAAAUGUAUUAGUUCAAGUAAAGACCUGAAAGACUUACAAAGCUUUUUCCCUUUUUGGUUUUAAACUGAUGUGUCCCUCUUCUACAGCUAUGGCAUGGAGGGAGCGGGGUUUGAAUAUCCCUUUUUUUUUUUUUUUUUUAAUGUAGUUUUAUUCUGGACCUUCUUUCUGCUAUGCGUUUCUGGCUGUAUACAGUUCCACACACAGUACCUCUAAAACUGAAUCUCAGGCACACUGUUAUUGAGGUCUUACCCACUACAUAUCUUUGGAGGAUGUUUUCAUUGCUAAAACACUUCUAAAGUCACUUAUUUCCCGCAUUAUUAAAUGCUUGGACUGUUGAGGGGAUGUAGUGGUUUGGGGGUUUUUUGUUUAGUCUUCAGUACCUUUAUGCAAGUUUAAGUAAUGUGAAAUUAAUGUGUGUUACUAUUCAACCUAAAACCUUAGAAAUGGUCGUUUCCAAUAAGAAGGAAGCAAGAAUAUAGGCCAAUGAAUGGAAUAGAAGGCUAAACUUUGCACGAUUCAUUCUUCCUGUAGUUGUAGACACUACAGAGCUUGUUGAAUAUGGCAUUAAUAUGCAUGAAAUAAAGUUUAUGUGCACUCACUGCCUUACAUAGUAGCUUGCUAAUGAGGGUACCUCAAUGUGACCAGCACUGUGCUCAAGAGAAAGAGACAUUUUUCAUUCUUAGGCCUGGAGAGUCAGAACUCUCUAAAUAUUUCAUCCUACAACAGGGCUUAAUCUGUUAAUAUUUCACAAAUUAUUUGGGCAAAAGUGGGAGCUAGACGCCACUAGGAAAUUCAACCCAUAUAUAGAAUAUGACUAAUUCUAAACUACUAAACACAAGUGUGUAGAAAAGAUGAAGUAAGAAGGUUUCUAAGCUGCAGAUCUCCCCGAGCAUAUCCAUGUGGAAGUCCACUAAAUUCACAGAUGGGGUUUGAAACAAUAGUAGUAAAUUAUAAAUGGAGUAAAACCUUCAUUUGUGCAAUUGUGACAGCUUGUUAAGAUUUAUGACUUUGUUUGUGAACCUGCUUCUUUAACAGUUUUGACAAUCUGCCCAUCCCCCAGACAUCCCUUUAAAUAACAAAGGAUUUAUUUUCUUUGAAUCCUACCAUAAGACAGCUUUUAACCCUAAGAUGUUGUGAGACCUGCAAGGAUCUCAGCCUCCCAGUGUGCUAGCAUACACUCAUGUGUAUACUAAAAAGAUACUGAAAACUAAUGUUUUGAUUUACAAAGCAUAAAAUAUGAGUAAGAAUAUUUUUAAAAAAAUAAUUUAUUUUUCCUUCCAAGAAAGCUAACAUGAAUACAACAUUCUGAAAAACCACCUCCACAAUCCUUUUCUAGACUCACAUCUUACAGGUCUUUCAUUGUUUUGGUGGUGGUUUUCAUUACCUUAGGCAAAAACAGAUAAAAAGAUCUUAAGUUCAGGAAUCUUUCACACAGAUACAAUAAUCUUCUUUUCUUGCUCAGAAUAACAGUCUUGAAGGUUUUUUGCCCUGGAGUUGCAGCAGCAUUAAAUGGUUGAUAAGCAUCUUUUCUGAAGAACAUUGCAGCCCUCCACGCUGGAGAUCAAAGACAGAUUUAUAACUUUAUCAAUGCAGUGAAACCAAUUUAUUGAGUUUAUUGCAGUGUAGGGCUUUGCAUAAGCUAAGUAUAAUUGACACUUUUUUAACCAUACUGAGGGCAAAUUAACAUGAAAAAACAGAAUUGGACUUUUCCAUUAAAGGUUUAAAAACAUCCAGAAAAGGGCCUGUCUCCUAAGACCACCAGUUACAGCAGCAUCUAUCUGUCCAGUAGAAUGUAUUAUUUCAGCUUUGGAAAAGUUAAUUGAUUACUAGCAUUAAAAGUUUGAAGCAGCCACACCCUCAUCAAUUGCUUAUAUUCAGCAGGUUUAAAAAAAAAAACAGACUAAAAUUUAAAAGGACUAGUGGCUUUUUAUUCCUUCUCUUACGCAAAGACAAACAUCUUAAGAGUCACUGCCCAGCUACCCUCUGAAUAAAAAAGAAAAUCAGAUCUCAAUGAAUGGCCCAAAUCUGGUAACUAGAAAUACCAUGGGUAUUGUUGAAAGUUUCCAUUCUUUUAAAACUGUCCUUAUUUCACAAUUGACUUGCAAAUAAUUUUUUUUAUAAAAUUCUAUCAGGUUUGUACGAAUAUUCCUUAGUGUGAACAGAAUUAUUCCUGGCAGCUAAAGAAAGUCCCUAUUGUAACCCAUACUGGAAAACUUCUGUUUGAAAUUCUAGAUAACAAUGCACCUUUCCACAUACUGGUUUUCUGAUAUUCACAAGAAGUUAAUAAUCCUCUUACUUUAAUGUUUUCACCCCCCAAAUUAAUUCAAAACACUUACACAAGAUUUUGAAAUGAUUUUGCCACAUAUCUAGUGUCCAGCCCGUGUUCUUGCAUAUCCAUUGCAAUAGCAAAUUUCCACAUAGGUACAAGACACUAGUUUUCCCACUAGGCUGCUCCUGAUGUACAAAUCGGUAUCUCACACAACUUUUUUAUAGGUUCGUCUACAAGUUCAAAAUGUAGAGAAGCCUCUCUACCGUGGGACUUUCCAUUGCUUUCAGUCCAUCAUAAAGCAAGAAUCUGCUUUUGGACUCUAUAAAGGUAUUGGGUCACCAAUGAUGGGACUUACAUUCAUUAACGCGCUUGUGUUCGGUGUACAAGGAAACACACUUCGUGCUCUUGGAAAAGACACUCCAUUAAACCAGUUCCUUGCAGGGUCAGCAGCAGGGGCUAUCCAGUGCAUCAUCUGCUGUCCCAUGGAGUUGGCAAAGACAAGAAUGCAGCUUCAAGGAACAGGAGAAUACAAACAGAAAACAAAGAACUACAAAAACUCUCUGGAUUGUUUGAUCAAAAUCUAUCAGAAGGAGGGGCUGAGGGGAAUCAACAGGGGCAUGGUCUCUACAUUCAUAAGAGAAACUCCAAGCUUUGGCUUUUACUUCCUGACCUAUGACUGCAUGACUAGGUAUUUAGGCUGUGAAGCUGAAGACAGUUACGUUAUUCCCAAACUGCUGUUUUCUGGAGGAAUGUCGGGAAUUGUGUCCUGGCUCUCAACCUAUCCCAUGGAUGUGAUCAAAUCCCGACUUCAGGCCGAUGGGGUCGGAGGCGUUACACAAUACAAGGGCAUUAUGGACUGUGUCAGAAAGAGUUACCAUGAAGAAGGCUGGAGGGUGUUCACGAGAGGUCUCACUUCCACACUUCUCCGUGCUUUUCCUGUCAAUGCAGCUACCUUUGCUACUGUCACUGUGUUCCUAAUGUACAUGAGGUCAGACGACAACAUUCCUGAAUGUGAACCAGAUCUAGUAAUCCAUCAGCCUUCCAAUUUGCAAACUUAAUCUGUUUGUUCUCCUCAUCCAAAGCCCAGCUGGUUGGGUUUUGUUGAACAUGAACAUUUGACCUGCACAAGUAGUGUAGAUGUAUGCUAUCUGUAUAAAGAAUUCCUAAAUGUCAAAUUAGGAUUUCAUCUCACUACUUGUAUAAACAGCAUCUUGCCUUAUUCAGGACUCCAUAUCUAGUAGUAUUCAAGUCAGACGGGGACCUGCCUUUAGAAAGUUAUUGUUGUGGCUCCAGAAGAGGAUCUGGAGAAUGCCAUAGUACCAGAAAUUGUUUUCUUCCACUCAUGCUCUGAAUGAAUGAGUUGAGUUGAAUGCAGAAAUUCUGUCAUGAAAGAAAUACUCAUUUUGUUUGUGACAGGAGUUAAGUACACUUAAGGUGAAGUAGGGGGAAUAAAUUAAAUGUUGGAGGCAUUUUGCAGGUAACCCUGAACUGUUUAAGACAUGGACUAGCAUUCAGCUAGUCAUGUGUUUUACUUAUCCUCUGCUUUUAUAUGUCAGUGGGUUUAGUAGCAACUUUGUUCAUACUGAUUUGCAAAAAAAAAAAAAAAAAAAAAAAAAGAGAAAAUAUUUGUAUUUAAGCUACUCCCUUACCUUUCAGCUUUGAAUAAAUAUCUUAAGCACAAAGUUAGCAUCUGCACUCAAAUGCACUUGUUCCUUUAAAUCUCAAGGCUUGUAAGGAUUUAGGGAAAUUCAAAUCUAGUAAGAUUGAUGUUGUUUGCCUUCACCUCCGUUUCUCCUUUGGUGGGUGCAUGGACUGUAUUAAGUUAGUUCAGCCCACGUAGACUUUGUUCUCCAAAGUUAAUGCAACUUUGCACCACUUCUCCCAACAUGCCCCAUAGCAGCCAGUGAUGUACAGAUGUCAAAGUCCUGCUUGUGGUAUUGCACAAAAUGUUUGUGGGUGCAAUGUUAGCUUAGCAGCUCCAAGUACCAUAGAAAUACAUAUUUAGAACUAGAGGUUUCAUAUCUUUUCAGAAAAUAGAGGUGUAAGUGUCUGAAAUGGUUGCUGUUCAAUACACUUGCAUUAUGAAUUGAAACAAUACUGAUUUUUAUGUAUUUAGUUACAGUGCUACUGGAAAGAAGACUGGAAAGGGUUUUGGAGAAUUUUCUUGUUACAUUAAUCUGCUGUGAUUACUUUUUUUUAGCAGUCUGUUCAAGAAAGCUUGUAUUAGUCAAAGAGCUAUAAACAGGUAUUUAAGAUUUGAAAAACAACCUACACAUAUUUGGCACAAAUAGCCAGAAGGAAGGAGUGCAUGUGUGUGAGCAAUGUUUUAAAAAAUAUCAAAGUAGUUCAGUAAGUACAACUUGUUACACUUUUGGUUGGGACAAGUGCAAUCUGUGUUUAAUUUAUAUGAAUUUUCUAAAGAAACCUUAUGUCAGAGCAUUUUGCACUGUAACAAAAUAUGCUGGAGAAACCUGUAAAACUGGUAUGUCUCUUUAUACCUUGGAGGUAUGAUGGAUGUUCUAGUGCCUACUUGCACUGAGAUUCAAAUUGAAUGUUAAAUCUAUCUACUAAGCUGCAUAUGCACAACAACUCACAGUAAAGACCAUUUACACCUUUGUACAGUAGACUGUAAUUAUUGUAUAUAAAAUUGAAGAAAUAAAUUUUUUUAAAAUUUUUA